UUCCAGCAACGCUUUGCUCAAAGGGACAGUGAAAAACGUUAGUAGUGUGUUACCUAACCCGACAUUAAUUCGGCGCUCAUUUAUGUGUUCGAAGUUAUCGUGACCAUAAAUUACCGGUAUUUGUUGAAACGAAGCUUGAAAUUAUCAGGCAGAAAGACAGAAAUAAAAAACCGACAAUGGUUAGCAUAUCUAGCUGUUGUUCUAGCCAGUUGCAGACGUAAACAACAAGCGAAAAACACAACAUUGCUGGGGGCAAUUUUCAAUACGUGUCACUUAGAAAAAGUACACAGGCUAGUUUAUAACGCCACAUCAGCAACACUCGACACGGAAAUCGAAGCACGACAUGGAAGGAGUCCUAUGGAAAUGGACAAAUUAUUGGACAGGCUGGCAACCACGCUGGUUUGUGCUCGACGAUGGGAUCUUGGUUUACUACAAGUCUCAAGAGGAAGUGAACCAAGGAUGCAAGGGGUCACUUAAAAUUAGUGCUUGUGAAAUCUCAGUGAGCCAAACAGAUCCUUUUCGACUUGACGUAACUGUUCCAGGGGAACAACAUUUCUACCUGAGGGCUUCCACAUCACAUGAAAGGCAGCAGUGGCUUGUUGCACUUGGUAGUGCCAAAGCCUGUGAAGGGAUGACAAAGGAUGCCACUAUUGAACCAGUGUACCUCCCAGUUUCUGAAGAAAAAAAUAAUUUAAAAUCAAAGCGAAGUGAAUUGAGGCUCUACUGUGAUUUAUUGAUGCAGCAAGUUCAUUCAGUAAAACAUGCAGCUACACAAGCACCACCUGAUAUUGAGAAAUUGGACGAAUCCACACAUUUACUGACAGCCACUUGCGACACCUUCAUUUCUACACUGGAAGAAUGUUUGCGGCUUGCUAAGGCGGAGUUUACCUACCAGUUGCCCCAUACACAUCCUUCAGUCGACAAGCCUAACAAUGGCUACAGUUAUGACCCACCCCAUUCUCCAGCACCCGUAUCGCCGUCCGGUAGGAAAACUUCACGUUCUAAGUAGAAAUAAAUGUGAAAAAGAGAAAACAAAAUUUAGAUAGCAAAGAAAUCUCUCUCAGCCUUGAAUUCGUUUGCCAACUAUUAUACCAUUCCAAACGUUGAGAACAAUGGCGACAACAAAAACAAAACAAAAAAAUAAGAGAAACUUUAUCAUGAUAACUCUUCAUCACUCUUCCUCUCUAGUCAUCGAAUAUGGCAUCUUUAUUCGGCCAAUUUACCCUUUUUUGACAUAAAAUUACAUUUUUUAAAUACUCUUAAAGGACAAAUAGAACUUUGAACUUUGA